GCGGUGUCAGUGGCGAUGGUGGCGGUGGUGGCUGCGGUCUCCUCGGGGAGGGAGGCGCUCCCGGCCAUGCAGCCGCCAAUGGCGCUGGCUGGGCCGUGGUUUCCUGCCGAAAUCACAUGGCUCCCGCGUUUCCAUGGAGAGAGCCGGGGUGGGCGCUGCCAAGAGCCUGCACGAACUCCCCGCUUGCUCCCGUCCAUGGGAGUGGAACAAAGGGGAUGCACCGAGCCAGGCCCGCUCUCGCCCCGCGCCUCGCCCCCCGCCUCUCCUGGGACAUGGAGGCCCUCCAGGUCACACUCAACGAUGUCACUGUCUGUGCGCCCGCAGCGCCGAGUCCUCGUCACCAAGAUCAAUAGGAGCCAGUCCUUUGCCGGAGUGAACUCAUCGGCCGACCGGCCCUUCAGGAACCUCUCGCCCUUCACCCCCACCGUUUCCCGCAAGACUGGCUCCAGGGUCAGUAGGAUGUUCUCAAUGUCCCACAAAUCCCCACCACCCAAGGUGCCUCAGCCCAACCGCCUGGACGAGGUGUAUGAAGCUCUCAAGAAAGGCCUGACAGCCUACCUUGAGGUGCACCAGCUGGAACUGGAGAAGCUCAGCACCCAGAUCCGUGAGUCCAAGAGGAAUUCACGCCUGGGCUUUCUCUACGAUCUGGAUAAGCAAGUCAAGUCCAUCGAGCGCUUCCUGCGUCGCCUGGAGUUUCAUGCCAGCAAGAUAGAUGAGCUGUAUGAGGCUUAUUGCAUCCAGCGGCGGCUCCGGGAUGGAGCCCACAACAUGGUCAAGGCUUACAGCACGGGCUCGCCGGGCAGCCGGGAGGCACGGGAGAGCCUGGCCGAGGCCAGCAAGGGCUACAAGGAGUACACAGAGAACAUGUGUCUAUUGGAAAAUGAUCUGGAGAGCCAGCUGGGCGAGUUCCAUGUCCGGAUGAAAGGACUGGCAGGCUUUGCCCGGCUUUGUGCUGGUGACCAGUAUGAGAUCUUCAUGAAGUACGGACGGCAGCGGUGGAAGCUGCGGGGGCGCAUCGAGGUGAACAGCAAGCAGGUGUGGGACAGCGAGGAAAUGGUUUUCUUGCCCCUCAUCACCGAGUUCCUCUCCAUCAAGGUGACAGAGCUAAAGAGCCUGGCCAACCAUGUGGUGGUGGGCAACGUGUCCUGCGAGACCAAGGACCUCUUUGCAGCUCUGCCCCAGGUAGUGGCUGUGGAUAUCAAUGACCUGGGCACCCUCAAACUCAGCCUGGAGGUGACCUGGAACCCCUUCGACAAGGAUGACCAGCCCUCAGCAGCCAGCACCGUCAACAAGGCGCCCACAGUGAACAAGAGGUUCUCUACCUACAACCAGAGUCCACCUGACACGCCGUCCCUUCGGGAACAGGCGUUCUAUAACAUGCUGCGGCGCCAGGAGGAGCUGGAGAACGGCACAGCCUGGUCCAUCUCGUCCGAGUCCUCGGACGACUCCUCCAGCCCCCAGCUGUCUGGCAGCGCCCGCCACGCCACCCACAAGCCCAUCGUGCAGCCCGAGGUGCAGGCCUCCGCCCCAGCCAUUGAGAUCUCCUUCUCCCAGCAACCAGAUGAGGCCGAGACUGGCCUUGGGACCAGUGGCAGCAGCGUCUCCCCUUCCGUGAGCCAGCCAGAGGAGUCAGGCAGCCGUAAGAAGGAUACAGUGGCCAACGGGCACGUGCCCUACUCCCGGACUCUGAGCCACAUCAGCGAGGCCAGCGUGGACGCCACGAUGGAGGCCAAGGCUGUGGAGAGCCCCUGGGAGCCCAUGCCCAGCCCAGAGGACACAGGGACGGGAGAGCAAGAUGCAGACUCCCUCCCCGGCGCCGCAGUGGCAGCGGCUGUGGCAGGGCAGGACAGGGACGCUGAGGCCAAGCCCCGAGCCUCUGCAGCAUGGGCCACCUCCUGCGAGGAGGCUGGCAGGGCUGAGCCAGUGCAGAACCAGGCAACAGCACAGGGUGGCUGUGACACCGAGGUCCCUGCAGCACUGGCACAAGCCUCUGUGGAGGAGAGGCCCGUCCCCACCCCACCGCUGCCUGCCAGUGCCCCUGAGGUGCCACGGGGGAAGGUGGUGGAUUCAGGGCUGGAGGAGGCAAUCAGCCUUCUGGGCUCAGCCCUGGAGGACUAUCGGGGGCAGUUCCCAGAGCUGCAGCCCCUUGAACGGGAGCUCAAGCGUCUGGAGGAGAUGCUGCUGCAGAAACAGGGCGUCUUCCUCAGCCGGGCUUCCAGCAUCAGCCUGACAGUGGAGCACGCGCUGGAGAGCUUCAGCUUCCUCAACACCUCUGACAUGGAGGAUUCAGAGGGCUCUGAGGAAGAGCCUCUCCAAGAUGAGAGGAAGGCUGGCAGACCCCUGCGCAGCACCCGGGCCCCCAGCGCCGGCGAGAUGGGGGCAGAUGACACUGGAAUGUGCAGCGGCUCUGAGGCCAGCACUGACCCCAUGAGCACCGGCAACGAGUUCCUGGAUAAAGCUCUGGUGCUUCACCUCAACAACUGCAACUGCCUGCUGCUGAAGCUGGGCACCUUCGGUCCCCUGCGGUGCCAGGAGAUGUACGCCCUGGACAGGCUGCUGCGGGAGUCGCAGGUGCUGGAGAUCGUGUGCCAGCUGACGGAGGAGCGUGCGGGAGCGGCCAGCUCGGCCGCCGACGUGGUGCAGUUCUCCACGCGGAAGGAGGGCGUGCUGCCUCUCUGGGACCUUUGUGUGGAGGUGCCCAACAUCUACACCUGCUCCGUGGAGCGGUUCCUACAGGUGCUCAGUGCCCAGUAUGCAGCGCCCAUCAGUGAGCAGCACCCUGGUUUGGCUGAUGCUGUAUGUGUGAAACUGGUGGAGGACGUGCUGAACCGGCGGCUGCCCCGGCGGCCUGGCAGUGCCCAGAGCGAGCAGGUCACCAUCUUCCAGUACUGGAGCCACUUUGAGUCGCUCGGCGCCCUGGUGCUUGACACCUACAUGAUGGAGCUGGCAGAGGAAGCACUGCUGGCACAGAACCUCAACUCGGACGACCAGGACGUGGUGCUGCGUGCCCUGAAGCGUGUGCCCGAGGCCCGCCUGAAGAAGGAGGGACUAAAGGCACUGAGCCUGCUCCUCGUGGAGGGCAACAGCAAGGUGGUGAGCGCCGUGUCAGCCCAGCUCCGCAGCCUGGCAGAAAACCCCCGCUUCCGCCAACGGGCCCUCGUGUGCUUCCUGGAGCAGCUGGAGGAUGAGGAGGUGCAGACACGCGUGGCGGGGUGUGCGGCACUGGGCUGCCUGAAGGCCAAGGAGAGUAUUGAGCAGCUGGUUUACCUGUGCCAAACCGACAAAGAGCCCGUGCGGGAGGCAGCCAAGCAGAGCCUGAUGCUGUGUGAUGGCCCUGAGAGAACCAUCUGAGUGGGUUUCUAGGCCUCCAGAUCGCGGCAGCUGCUGCACAGGGGAAGAUGGUAAAUCAGCUCACCGGCGGCUGGAGGAGACCCUGGACAGCCUCCCACGGAUCUUUGCACCAGCCAGCAUGGCCAGUACAGCUUUCUGAGACCCACGCACGCCCACAGGCCAUCCCUGAGGGCACAGGCACCGCCGGGCCGCCCGGGCUUGCACGGACUGGGGACCCGGCAGCUCCCGCUCUCGGCACCACACUGCAGUAUUACCCCCGCCGGCAGCUCGCCAUGGCCGCACACUGCCUUACGGAGCACCGCUUCCCCGCCCCGGCCCCGCGGGGGCCACCUCCGCACCGCUGGGCAGGGGGGCUCGCUGCACAUCCCACCCUCUGAUCGCUAUUUAAAAUACCCGCGGAGCCCACCCUUCCUGCCCCCCGGGGCGGCGGGGAGAGGUACCGGAUUUCUCUGCUCCUCUUGCCUUCCUCUUGCUCGAGGGCGCGCGCCCUGUCCCGGAAGGACCUGCACUUUGGAAACUUAGCUGUUUCUUUCCAGGAGUUGCCUGGGCCAUGGGGACUGCUGCCCUCUGCCACCUGGAGUCCCCAGGACUUAAAUAAAAUGAAAUAUAAGAUAUUAAUAUAUUCUGCUGGCGUUUCUUCUUUCCAGCUCCACAUGCUCCUGUCGCUCCCUGGCUGUGGCUGUAGGGAGAGUAGUGAGGUGUGGUCCCAGCCCAGAGCCUUUCCUGGUCUGUUGGGAAGUGCCGUGGAGGGCAGGGGCAGGAGGAGCAAUAGAGGGACGGACAGACGGACAGACAGAAGCUGCCACCUUUUUUUUUUUGUUUGUUCUGUUUUAUUUUAUUUUUUAUUUACAGAUUUUUGCAGAAAAACAAAAGCAAAAAAUUCUUUUCUAUAAUGUCUCUAUAAAUCUAUAUAUAAUGUAAUUACAGAGAAUGACUAAUUUUGAUUUUAAACCAGAAAUAAAACCAAACGUUUAAUGACU